AUGUCUAACCUCCUUUACCCGCUUUCACUCUCUCUCCUUCUCCUUCUCCUUCCCUUCAUUUUCAUCGCCCUGCCUGCUGCUGCUGCACAAUCUAAUAAUUCAACUUACCCAAAUUGCCCUUCAUACAACUGCGGUAAUGUCACUGUCCGCUACCCGUUUUGGAUGAUAGCCACUGAAUCCACCUCCCAGUUUUGCGGUUAUCAAGGCUUCGGAAUCAGUUGCUCCGCCAUUGGCAACCUGAGUGUUCCUAAAAUUACUUUUGGUGGCGACAAUUACUACGUGCAGAGAAUAAACUACGAAUCAAGCAAUAUUGUAGUUUCGGAUUACGACGUUUCUUCUGUUGUCACAGGCCCCAGCAACUGCCCUCGGGUGCGCCAUGGGAUUAACUUACAAACCAUGCAUCUCAACUUCGCUACGCUUAACGCUAAUCUAAGUUUUCAUUUCAAUUGCACUGGAUGUUCUUCUCUUGCAACUGAAUUACUGUGCUUGGAAAGAAAUGAAAGAAAGUCGUGCGUUCAUGUUAUGAAUACCAGUACGGAGGAAUUGGUAUGGAGUUGGGAUGAGUACUCAUGCAGUGAAAAUGUCAUAACAACAGUGCUCCGUGACAAUAUCAAUAGAUACUCUAAUUUUUCGACGGAAUUUGGCAGCAUUUUGGAAGGAGGAUUCGAGCUAGAAUGGAGUAGGAUGGGUGAUUGCAACAAUAAAUGUGAAGAGUCAGGUGGGCGGUGCGGGCGCCUCGAUACAGCCGGAUUCGUAUGUUUCUGCUCCGACGGUACCACCAGCAGGGGCGACUGCAAAGGUAACGUCAUUACAACUCUUAAAUUCCAGUCUUACCCCUGUUUGGCCACUUUAAUUGACGAGUUAUAA